CAGAUCGUAUCGCCUUUUAAUAUGGGUGUUCGACUUAGUAAGUUUGAUCGGAAGGAUUCCAAUAAACUAUUUUUUCGGUCACUGCCAGCUUUAGUGCGUCGAAAAAUUUUCAGCUAUCUAAAUGCUACUGAUCUUAUGAUACUUUCGUUUACAAGUAAAAGCUUGGAGCUAUUUAUCAAUAAUAAUUUGUUAUGGAGAGAUUUAUGCCAAAAAGAAUUUGGUCUUACCGAGCUUGCUAAACCAUUACCCGAAUUUAUCACGUUCAGGGACAUGUACUUAGCCCUUGAUGACGCCGCCAACUUAUUUAAUGUUGAUCCGUGCUUGGGAAUACAAAAAUUUAAGCAGAUUGGGAUAAUAGAAGACAAUCCUACCACAGUAGCUAUGUUUAUUAAAAACUGUAAACAGCUUAGCCGGGACCAGCUGGGGGUAUACCUGGCUCACAGAGAAGAUAUUUUACUGGAAUGGAUCCAAUUAUAUGAUUUUAAAUUUCCUUACAUCAGCCAGGCUUUGAGAAUAUUUCUCAGCUUAGUUUCAAUUCCAAAUUCUGGUCAAAUAAUAAGAAGUUUUAUUCGGGCCUUUGCUUAUAGAUAUCAUGAAUGCAGAAAACCACCUUUUUCUAAAGAUACUACUUAUCUUUUGGCCAUCACCACGUUAAUGUUAAGAGUUGAUCUCGAGUGUCCCAAGAUUCGCAAUAAUAUGAGCAAACGUGAAUUUAUUAAGAUCCUUCGCUCGAUUGAUCCAACUAUUAAGGACAAAGAUUAUCUGGUUGGUGUCUACGAUGACACUUACAUGAAUAGUAGAAUGUUUACAAAGUAUAACUGUGAUAUAUUAACGUGCGCGUAGUAAUAUUUUGGAUUGGAAAUUAACUUAUUUUCUUUAAG